CGGAGGAGAUUUCUCGCUCUCUUCCAGGGUCUCUUUCUUUCUCUCGCUUCGAGUUUCAUUUUUUAACGGUUUGUUCCAUGAGCAUAUGAGGCCAUGAAGCGAGCAACGAAGGGGAAAGGCCAGGAGAAUGUGGGCAGCUCUCUGCUUAGUCCACAGGAAAAUGAGAGGCUGGAGCAUCUGCUGGGCAGGAGGUGUGUGUCUCUGUCCUCAGCGGUUGUGCAAUUGCUUAUGGCUCUUCCGAGUGAGCCGAACCGCUGGACACCACAGCAGUCUGGAGUAGUUUGUUUCGUCAAAGACAGUCCACAGCGCUCCUUUUUCAUCCGUCUCUAUGACAUCAAGGCAGGGAAUCUGGUGUGGGAACAGGAAAUCUAUAACCAACUGAUGUACCGAAGGACCAAGCCUUUCUUUCACACUUUCCCUGGAGACAUUGCAUCUUCAAUCACAGGCUCUGGUACUCCUACCUCUUCUGCCAUGCCUCCACUGGUACUAAGUAAUAGCCAGAACCAAAUGACCCCUUCCAAAUCAAAGAAAGACAAGAAAGAGAAAGACAAGAAAAGUAAGAAGAAAGGAUCUAAACUGCUGAAAGGGGCUAUUGGAGCACCCAGUGGAUUCACGCAUGUCAGUCACCUUGGGAUGGGUCCCAACAAUUUGGACCCGGAACUUAUGAAAGUUCUGUCCUGCGCUGGGAUCAGUGAAGCAGAUAUGAACGAUUCGGAAACCUCUCAGCUCAUCUAUGAUGUCAUUGAGCGUUCAGGUGGAAUUGAGGCUGUUAAAAAGGCUGUGAACCCGCAGGAGUCUACUCGCCCUCCUGUUCCCAGUGGACAUCGGGGUUCUCUUCCCCAAGUGCCAUCUGGGUUCUCCUCAGAGCCGCCGCCAAUACCUCAAGGUCGAAUGGGGCCUCUACCGCCUGUCCCCGGUCAGUCCUCUGGCCCACCUUCUCAUCGAGGUUCCCUUCCACCAACACCUCCAAGAGCAGCUGCAUCACCACAAACCCCUGAGGGCUGCGGCGGUCCUCUGCCAGCCCGAUCUACAUCAUUAGGAGCCCUGCCACCAGUUCCUGCCGGAGGGCGUACUGGGCCCUUGCCUCAACCUCCAGGAUCCCGCAGUGGACCCUUACCACCUCCACCUGGAGGUCGGAGUGGAGGUUUGCCCACACCACCACUUCCAGGAGAACGUAAGGGGUCUUUAAUGCCCGUUCCAGGAAAGAGACCUGGACCACAAAUGACCGAAAGACGAGGUAGCUUUCUGCCGCCCCAACCUGCUGAGGCAGCUCCACCACCACUACCACCGGGUGUGAGGAGCGCACCCUUACCCCCGCCUCUAAGAGACAAUAGUGGAUAUUUGCCACCUCCACCGCAAUCUGAUACGCCAUUACCUCUUCCCCCAUCUGAUUUCUUCCCUCCUCCAGCCUGUCAAUCAUUUCCUCCUCCUCCACCUGAAGACUUUGUUAAUUCUGUGCCUCCACCUCAUCCUUUUGAAUCCAACUUUCCUCCACGAAGCAAAUCCUCGGGCUUCGCCCCUCCACUCCCUCCAGUCUCAGCCAAACCCAGUGCAGGCGGUCCUCCUCCUCCUCCGCCACCUCCACCUCCCGCUGCUCCUCCUCCAAUGAACUUUGGAAGCAACCCCUCACCUCCAAAUGGUCCACCACCUCCAGCAUCCAGCAGUGGGGAAGGGGGUAGAGGGGCAUUACUUACCCAGAUUCAAUCAGGGAUGAAGCUCAAAAAGGUGACCACCAACCCAGAUCCACCUCCACCUGCCCUGGAUACAGGAGAGGGAAUAGUAGGAGCUCUCAUGAUGGUGAUGCAGAAGAGGAGUAAAGUCAUCCAUUCAUCUGAAGAGGAUGAUGAAUUUGAUGAUGACGAGGAUGACGAUGAAGAGUGGGAUUAAUCCUGGUGUAACUGAAAUACUUUAAAUAUUAUGUACCUAGGCAGUUUUGGAAGGGGGAUGCACUGAUAUUCUGGCCAAUUCAGAAAAUGUGGAUAAAUGGCUGAUAUUAAAAUUCUAUUCUAUUAUUCCUAAACAAAUUAAAUCAACAACACUGAAAUCAUUUGUUUGAAAUGCUACAGGUGAUUUUAGGUGCCACAUUUUAUUAUACA